AUGGCAGGCGCAGCGCGAAAGGACCUCCUCAAGAAGGUGUACACAAUGGUACCGCCCAUGCUUGAGAGUUUCCAUAAAGGUCAAUUGGGUCGUGUAGCGGUCAUUGGUGGCAGCGAAGAUUAUACGGGCGCACCAUACUUCUCCGCCAUGGCCUCUGCGAAGCUCGGCUGUGAUAUGUCACACGUAAUAUGUGAGCCCGGCGCCGGCGCCGUCAUCAAAACGUACUCCCCUAAUCUCAUGGUGCACCCAUACAUGCGCCAAUCCAAGAACCUUGCUCAAUCUGAGAGCGCAGACACCGUCUCCAAAGAAGUCAUAGGCAUGCUCUCGCGGCUACACGUCAUCGUAAUCGGACCCGGCCUCGGUCGUGACAAGCUCAUGCAAGACACAUGCGCAAAGGUCAUCAAGGAGGCGAGAAAACAGGGUAUCCCGUUUGUGCUUGAUGCAGAUGGUUUGUAUCUCGCUCAGACACAGCCAGAACUGGUGGAGGGCUGUACUGAGUGUAUUCUCACACCCAAUGUGGUUGAGUUUGGACGAUUGGCCAAGGCAAAGGGUGUGAAUGUUGAUGAGGGUGACCCAGCGGAGCUCUGCGCGAAGCUGUCGAAGGCAUUUGGAGGUGUUACUAUCAUCCAAAAGGGGGCGAAAGACUACAUCUCCAACGGAUCCCACACUCUUGUCUCCCAUGGCAAAGGCGGGCUGAAGCGAUCCGGUGGCCAGGGAGACACCCUAACAGGUAGCUUGGCUACCCUCCUGGCUUAUAGAAAAGCGUACCAUGACAAGAUUUGGGAUCACGGGACAGAUAUGUCAAGAGCCGAGACACUUGCCCUCGCAGCGUAUGGUGGUUCGUGUAUUACAAGGGAGUGCUCAAGGUUGGCGUACAAGGAGAAGGGUCGGUCGCUACAAGCCAGUGAUUUGACAGAUCAUGUGCAUACAGCAUUCCUUAAUGUUAUUGGAGAGAAGGAGGAGAGUCCGAUGCUGGAAGAAUAG